UUCCUCUCACGUUCUUCUUCCAUUAACAAAGGAAAAGAAAACCCACUAAACUCUCUCUCUCCCUCUCUCUCCUCUGACCAGAAGAGGAAAAAAAUUCUCUCUUUUUUUCUGUCUGUCUUUCUCUCUCUGAGUAAUCAGGGAGUGCUUGAGGAGCUUCAGUGCCUCCUACCACCUCAUGAUAUCCAUCAAUCAGAAUCAGCAUUGACAUUUCGGGGUUUAGCAUCCUUGAUCGGCAAAUCUUGGCUUUCAGAAAUUUAAAGCUAAUAACUGUGCGCAAGAGGAAAUCUUAUAAGGACUGUGUCGGUCCUAAUGGGGAUCUUUGAGGAAAUGGGUUUCUGUGGUAAUCUUGACUUUCUUACGGCGCCAUCUGGGGAAGGUGAUGCAGCUCCAGAGCAUGAACCAGAGGCAGCAGUGGAGGAGGAUUAUAGUGAUGAAGAAAUGGAUGUUGAUGAGCUUGAGAGGAGGAUGUGGAGAGAUCGAAUGCUAUUGAAGAGGUUGAGAGAACAAACUAAGGGAAAGGAAAGGGUUGACAAUGCAAGACAGCGUCAGUCACAGGAACAAGCUCGAAGGAAGAAGAUGUCACGGGCACAAGAUGGAAUCCUGAAAUAUAUGCUGAAAAUGAUGGAAGUUUGCAAAGCUCAGGGUUUUGUUUAUGGAAUUAUCCCUGAAAAGGGAAAACCAGUGAGUGGCGCCUCUGACAAUCUGCGAGCAUGGUGGAAGGAAAAAGUAAGAUUUGAUCGUAAUGGUCCGGCUGCAAUUUCUAAGUAUCAGGCAGAUCAUUCAAUCCCUGGGAAGAAUGAAGACUGCAGUGCAGUGGUAUCUACUCCUCACACUCUACAGGAGUUGCAAGACACCACUCUUGGUUCACUUUUGUCGGCUUUGAUGCAGCACUGCGAUCCACCCCAAAGACGUUUCCCCUUGGAGAAAGGUGUUGCCCCACCUUGGUGGCCUACUGGUAAUGAGGAAUGGUGGCCUCAUUUAAAUGUUCCCAAGGAUCAGGGUCCUCCCCCAUACAAGAAGCCUCAUGAUCUGAAGAAGGCUUGGAAGGUGAGUGUUCUUACGGCUGUGAUAAAGCACAUGUCACCCGAUAUCGCCAAGAUCCGCAAGCUUGUUCGUCAGUCCAAGUGUUUGCAAGACAAAAUGACUGCUAAGGAGAGCGCCACUUGGCUAGCCAUUAUACACCAGGAGGAAGCUUUGGCGCGAAGGUUAUAUCCUGAUAGAUGUCCACCUCCACCGGCUGGUGGUGGCGGGUCUCUUGCAAUCAGUGGUACCAGUGAUUAUGACGUUGAGGGUGUUGAUGAUGACGAAAAUGUUGAAAUAGAGGAUUGCAAACCUCUUCUUAAUCACUUCAACAUUGGAACUGCUGGUCAAAGAGAGAGGCUGGUGCCUCAGAUUAAGGGAGAGCUGAUUGAGAUCAACUCGGAUUUUGGUCAAAAGAGGAAGCAGCUGUCUGAAGAACCACAAAUGAUGUUAAAUCAGAAGAUUUUCACCUGCGAAUAUAUGCAGUGCCCGUAUCAUGAUUAUCGCCUAGGCUUUCUCGAUAUAACUGCAAGAAACAAUCACCAGUUGAAUUGUUCAUUCGGGAGUAAUUCUACACAAGUGUUUGGAAUGUCAAGCGGAAUGUCAAGCUUUCAGCUUCACAAUGAGAAACCUGUGGGAUUCUCUCAACCCAUUGCUCAACCACCUGCACCAGCAAGUCAACCACCAGUGAACCAGGCAAGUAGGUUUAAUGCUUCGGGACUUGGACUUGUCGAUAAUGGUCAGAAAUCUGAGCUUAUGUCAUUUUAUGAUAGUAAUAUUCAUCAGAAUAAGAACUGCAAUCCUGCAAACCUCCAUAUCGUAGAUAACCGCAACCAGCAGCAGUCAAAAUAUCAGUUUCCAAUGAAUGAUAACUUUUUUGGUCAAGGGAUGGAUGUAGGACGCAACAUCAACAUGUCUGAACUGGCCCCUAUGCCUAUGCUUCAUCCAGGUUUUGCAUCCCCGGAAGUUCAGUUUGAUCAGUGCCUGGCAUUUGAUUCUCCAUUUGGUAACAAUACCAAUGAAAAUGUUGACAUAAGAUUUGAGUCCCCCUUGCACUUGGCACCGGCUGAUUAUAAUGUUAUGGACCAGCCGCCGAAGCAAGAUGCAUCCCUUUGGUUCCAAUGAAGUGGGAUUCUCUCAUAUUGACUGCUCCAAUAUAUGUGUUGGAGUUGCACAGUUGCGGACCAAAUAGGUGAAGUUUCUUUUUUAAGUUUAGUUGCUCUUCUUGUAUGUCGGACUUGUUAGGUUCUUUUAGACUGUUCCAAUCUAUGGGGGUGGGGUCAUUUGUUCUGGAACGAAUAGACGAAGCUUCUUUUCAUGUUUAGUUGCUUAUACGUCUGUCGGAACUCCUUAGAUGUUUAUAACCCUCAAAAACUCGGGGGUUCUCGUACUGCAACUUUCUCAUUUAAGUAUAGGUUAUCUAGUUGCAGUAUUGAGUAGACCCAAUAAAGGACCGGAAAACGCAAUCUGAUGUUCUGUGGUUGGAAACAUUUUUCCGGUUUCUGAAAGUCAAUGUUGGCAUGUAGUUAAGUAAUGUAUACUCAGAAGACAUCUAUAUAUGUGGUGGUUUUUAUGUACCUUUUGCUUUGUUUCUUCUGCUA